GCUUGAGACGAGUGCUAUGCACUUGUUAUAACAAAGGUUGCGUUGCAGUCGCUAGCCCGCGCCGCGCCGCUCCGCGCCAAUCGCCGUCACACUCUCUCACAACUUAUCAACUUAUAGAUAUAAUUGGUCGAUUGAAGUUUUAGUGAGGACAUCGACUACACUAAAGUGAGGGCGAUGACCCCGCUGCGGCUGCUACACGUGGUGCACGUGCUGACCGUAGCCCGGCUCGUCCGCCCUGAGCACUACGGACGCAGUACACAUGUCAAUGACGCAGAAUGUUUUGACUUCGUCGUAGUCGGCGGCGGUACCGCCGGUUGCGUGCUGGCCAACAGGCUCACUGAAGACGAACAAACCACCGUGCUGCUCGUCGAAGCCGGGGGGGACCCGCCGUAUGAGUCGAUGUUUCCAGGCUUGUUUCCAGCCAUGGCCGGCAGUCGGGUCGAUAAAAACUAUACGUCAGAAAACGACGGUAGGACGCAGCAAUGCCACAGGAACCGCGUCGCCAACCUGACGAGCGGGCAUAUGUUGGGCGGCAGCAGCGGCCUCAACUACAUGCUGUAUGUGCGCGGCGGGCCGUCAGACUACGCGCACUGGGCGGCCGCCGCGGCCGACCCCACCUGGGCCUGGCCGGAUGUGCUCCCAUACUUCAUCAAAAGUGAAAGACUCGAGGACCCUGGCUUGCUAAAUUCCCCUUACAAAAUAUAUCACGGGACCAACGGGUACAUGGGCGUCGCGCGUGAACAUCGAAGUGAAAUAAAUAAGUUUUCGGAGGCCGUUCGUGAGAUGGGGCAUGAAGUUUUAUUAGAUGUGAACGGAUAUCGCCAUUUAGGAUUCACCAAUCCAUUGUUUAACAUCGCCGGCGGCGUGCGGCAAAGUGCGGCGUAUUCGUUCUUAGCUCCUAUCGUUCAUCGCAAAAAUCUGUAUAUUCUCAAGAAUACCUUAGUUACUGAAGUUAUAUUCGAUGAGAAUAAUAAUGCCGAGGGAGUAAAAGUUAAGACUCAAAAUGGAACGAUUUUAUCGUUAGUAGCGAGAAAGGAAGUUGUUUUGUCAGCGGGCGCUUUCAAAAGUCCACAGUUGCUAAUGCUGGCGGGGAUCGGGCCCAGGGAUCAUCUGGAGGACCUCGGAAUCCCGGUUAGAAGUAAUUUACCGGUUGGGUUAAACUACCAGGACCACGUGGCGGUUUUUAUGUCGAUCAAAAUGGAAGAAUCGAAUGCGCCCUCCGCGCCGCCCAACAAACAUUUAUUUCCGCUACCCACGUUCGUCGGCUACGUGGCUCUCGACAAACGCCAGGAGCACCCCGACUACCAGGUGGUCAACUUUGUCGUGCCUCACGAUUCCGAAUUUCCAUUUAACUUGUGUGCGUUCGGUUACUGGUUCGAAUUCGACAUUUGCCACAAUCUUCGUAACGGCGGCAAAGGAAAGACUACACUAUUCUCGACGCUCAACAUACUGCACCCGAGGUCGCGGGGCAGAGUGACGCUGCGCAGCAGGGAUCCCGAAGACCCCCCUGUCAUCCACACGGGAAUGUUUUCGGACGAGCGCGACUUAGACGAUCUUGCCAGGUAUUUGGAAGAUCAUGCCCGCAUCGUGAAUACGACGUACUUCAAGAGCGUCGGUGCCGAGAUAGUAGACUUGAAGUUGGCGAUGUGCCGCGGGCUGCGGGCGGGGAGCGGACAGUACUGGCGGUGCUACGCGCGCUGCAUGAUGAACACGAUGUACCACUACGCGGGUACGUGCGCUCUGGGCGGCGUCCUGGACUCGCGGCUGCGCGUGCGCGGCGUGCGGCGGCUGCGCGUGGUCGACGCUAGCGUCAUGCCCACGCUGCCCGGAGGCAACACGCACGCCCCCGUCCUCAUGAUAGCUGAAAAAGCCGCUGAUUUUAUAAAAGAAGAACAUCCAAAAAGCGGUGCUUUAGGAGAUUAA